AUGACAUCUGAAGAUGCACCAUCUGAAGCCCCACGCUAUUCUCGUCAUACUGUGCUCAAUGCUUAUAGUUUUAUUAUUACGUGGAGUCCUCCAAGAAGCAGCUCUCAGAACGGGGUUAUUAAUCACUACAACCUUCAGUUAAAUGACACAACUGGGCUACGGAGUGUAACUCAAACAUCCUAUACUGCCAAAAACUUGCACCCGUAUUUUAUUUAUACCUACAGCAUUGCAGCUUUUACUGUAGACACAGGUCCAUACAGUCUCCAGAUGUCUGUAAGAAUGCCAGAAGCAGCUCCCAAUGGACCCCCAUUGAAUUUGAGAGUGACUCGACGUCAGUUAACAUCUAUAACUCUGGCUUGGGGUUCUCCUCCACUUUCUCACCAAAACGGAAUAAUCACAAACUAUACCCUACACAUAACAUCACAAGAAGGACAUUCAUACGCUAUAGUCACUAAAACACUUAACCUUAUUGCUUCUUCCCUUUUGAGCAAUUCGCUGUAUAUGUUUGCUGUUGCUGCAAGUACUGUGGUUGGCAGAGGGCCGUACACAAGCCCUAGUCUGUCAGUUCGAACCCCAUCUCCAGAUACAACCAGCCCACCACAAGAUGUGAGUGCCAUCGUUUUAGACCACGAGCGAAUCUUUGUCACAUGGACAGCACCACCAGUGUCAGAACAGAGUGGAGCCAUCACUGGGUAUAAAGUUAAAGUAACUGAAUAUCCCACUGGAAGGAGAUGGUCUGAGAAAGCUAAUCUAAAUAUGUUGACUCUUAUUAAUCUGCAUCCAUUUUACACCUAUAAAAUGAGAGUAAGAGUAAUCCCAGCUACUGGAAAUGGACAGUACAGCAACACUAUUGUGGCAAAAACUCUUCCGUCAGAACCAAGUUCCUCUCCUAAUAUAACCUUCACUGAAACAACUUCACACUCAGUGCUUCUGCGUUGGAGAAGCUUACCUUCUCAUCACCAAAAUGGCAAUAUAAGUGGCUAUGUUAUUAACUAUGUUGUAAAUGGGCAAGAGCAGAGACUGUUUGUAUCAGCAGACGUCCUUGAAUACACUUUAAAGGCAAAUCCACACACAGAGUAUGUCCUGAGUAUAGCUGCAGCAAAUUCAGUUGGUAUAGGACCAUUUAGCGCUGUUGUUGAAUUACAUACUGAAGAAGAUGGACCCACGCAUCAUCCAAUAAAUCUAAGAGGUGUACCUCUUAGCUCCACUACCAUCAGCCUAUCAUGGAACCCUCCACCAGAGGAGCAUCAAAAUGGAGAGAUUGACUUCUACAUUGUGCUCUGUUGGGAUGGUUAUAGUGGAUCACUAUUUCAACAUCAAACUCCUUCUACAAAAAAACCGUUUACGGGCUUCGACCUUUCUACACAUAUAACUGCAAUGUGUCAGCAUUCACAGUGUAGCUCGGCCCCUUCAGUGCUUCUACGAAUAUAA